AUGAAAAUUUUGUGGGCAAUAUUAAUUGUAUUGCCAAUAGUCUUUAGUCAGUAUAUUGUGGUGUCUCCAUCUACAGCAUGUAAAUGCAAAUAAUUUUUGAAUGAAAAAGGAUGCAAUAAUAAUACACUUGGAUAAUGUUAUUGGAAUAAUAAAAACAAUGUUUGUCAAUAAGCUUAGUGUGGAAAUAUAAAAACAUAAAAUGAAUGUUUAAUAUCGAAAAAACAUUGUUAUUGGAAUGGUCAAAUCUGUAGUCCUUUUACUUUAUGUGCUAACUUGACUUCUUAAAUAGGGUUAAUCUGUCCAGAAUAAAAUAUUUCAUGUUAUGGAUUUAAUACUAACUAAUGCUAGAGUAUAGCAUCAUUACCAGGUUGUUUCACAUAUUAGAUAGGAACUUGUGGUUAAUAGGGUGGUUAUUUAGGAUCUGAUGGUUUAUGCACUUGGAAUGAUUAAGAAUAAUAAUGUGUUGUUGCCACUAACUGUAACUAACUUUUAGAUUAAUAGGUUUGUAAUAAAUAUAUACAAAAUGCUUGUGUUUGGGAUGAUGUAAAUGGUGGUUGUAAUUAAGCUACAUGCAAUCAAUUUUAAUAAUAAAAUUGUAAAUUUAUUGUUGCUUCUUUGGAUCCCAAUCAAGUUUAUCCUUGUUUUUAUUUGUAUAAUAAUUGUUAAUUAGCUACAUCCUAAUUAUUCUAAACAUAAGAUUAAUGUUAAACAAAUACAUUAUUAAAUUAUAGAUGGAUAGGAAAUGACAAAUAAGGAAUUUGUGUGAGUUGUUCUUAAUAAUUAAUUUAACCUGCCAAUAGAUGUAGUUGUGAACAAUUCAUGUAUGAAGCAGAAUGUAUCUUAACUGAAUAUUGUGAUUGGACUUAAAAUUCAUGUUAAGAUAUUUCAUGCGAUAAAAUUACUAAUUAACUAUAAUGUAGUACAAAUAAAAACUGUUAUUGGAAUUUAUCACUAUAAAAUUGCUUAUUCUUUUCCAGUUGUUAACAAUUACAAGGCUUGAAUACUUUAGCUUGUAUGGCUUAAUCAAUAAAUUGUCCAAAUGAAAGCUAUUAAAAUUGUUAAGCAUCCUAAGUUUAUUGUAACUAGCUAAAUUAAUAUUCUUGUGAUGGAUAUGUAACAGGUGAUGGAAUAUGUUAUUUUAAUGAAUUAAAUUAGGUUUGCUAAAAUCUACAAUCUUGUCUUUAUAUAAUUGAUGAAAAUAUAUGUAAUUAAAUUAAAAAGUUUUGUUUUUGGUCAACAACUUAAAAAAAAUGUUUACAAUAAACUUGUUCAAAUAUUUAGACAUAAAAAGAUUGUACUUAUGUUUAUAAAGAGUUGAAUGAGUCAGAUGUUUAAAUUUGUUAAUGGAUAAAUAAUAAAUGUUUAAAUGCUAAAAAUAUUCUAACUCUAAAUGAAACUGAUUGUAUGUUAAAUUCUCAAUUUACUUAUAUGUAUACAGGUACAAAAUGUGUUAAAUGCUUAUAAACAACUCUUAUAUUGCCUCAGUAAUGUUCUUGCACAUAGUUAUAUUUACAAUAAGAUUGUUUAGCUAAUCCUAUUUGUUAUUGGUAUGGCUAAGCCUGUCAGUUAUUAAGUUGCUUAGCAAUAACUACUUAAGAUUUAUGCAUUUAAAAUAAUCUCUGUUAAUGGACAGAAUAUGGUUGUUCUGACUUUUAAACUUGUCUUGGAUUAGCAGGAGCCACUCCUAAAGAUUGUAUCGCUUAAUCUAUCAACUGUCCUUAUUCUGAUGGAGUUAAAUGUUAAAAUAAAUACUUUUAUUCUCCAUGUCAAAAUUAUAACACAGUUGCUACCUGCACAAAUCAAUUAGGAAGUGAUGGUCUUUGUAUAUGGAAUACCACAUCUAAUUCUUGUUAAAUUUUAAUAAAAUGUGAUUAAAUAUUAAGGGAGGCCAAUUGUGGCAUCUAUGAAUAUGUAUGUAAUUGGUCUAAUGACUAAUGUAAUUAAUCUACAUGCAGUACUUUUAAAACUCCAGAAUAAUGCAAAUAUUAUUAUCUAUCCCUUAAUUCAUUUACUCCUAUUGGAUGCAAAUGGAAUAUUAAGACAAGUGUUUGUGAGUAAGUUGCAUCCACUUUUUUAUCUUAUAAUAGUGCUAAUUGUUAUUUAAAUACAGCAAAAACUGCUCGAUGGAGUUAAGCAUAAAAUUAAUCAGGAGUAUGCAUUAGUUGUGGUGUUAAGUAUUUACCUAACCCUUACAAAUGUAGUUGUUAAUAACUGAUAUCAUCAAUAAAUUGUAUUUAAAAUGAAUUAUGUUUUUGGGAUCCAAUAUUAAAAUUGUGUGAGGAAUAUUCAUGUACAUAAUUGACAGAAAACUUAUGUGUUAGUAGUAUGAAAUGUAUGUGGUCAUCUAGUGGUUGUAUAGAAUUUACUUCAUGUAGUCAAUUAAAAGGAGAAUCAAUGGAUGAGUGUUUAUCAUAAACUUUAUUUUGUCCUUUUAAUGCUUCAGUAAAAGGUUGUUCAAGUUUGAAAGAUUAACCAUAAUGUGAAGAUUAUAAAACAUAAGAUGCUUGUAUAAAUUUAUAGGGCACCAAAAAACAAGUGUGCAGUUGGAAUUACUAAUAUAAUAGAUGUACAAUAUUAGAAUCAUGUAAUUAAUUAUAUUAAUAAAUAAAUUGUGAAUAACAUGCUCUAUAUUGUGCAUGGGUUUCUAGUUCAUAUUAUGGUAACUGUCAAAAUAGAACAUGUAAUAAUUAUAAAACAAGAUAUUCUUGUACAUAUGUCUUAAGCUUAACAGAUCCAUAAAAGAUAUAAUCAUGUUAAUGGUUGAAUGGUAGAUGCCAACCUAUGAUUAUAUAAUAAGCAGUUGAUGCAAACACAUGUUUUACAAACUCAGAUGGAACAAGUCGUUGGAGUACAGACUCAUUAACAUAAGGUUUUUGUGUAACAUGUAAUGUGCCAUCAUAUGCUACUUAAUAUUAAAAUAAGUGCGCAUGUUCAUAAAUACUUAAUUAAAGUGAAUGUUUACAUCCUUUUUGUUAAUGGACAAAUAAUUAAUGUAUUCAAAAUAGUUGUAGUAAUAUUAAAAAUUAAUUUGAAUGUUCUCAAUAAAAAUAAUGUUAUUGGAAAAUGAGUAGUAAUGCAUGUUAUUCAAUAACAUUAUCAUUAAAUUUCUGUACAACAUUAAAAGGAAAUUCAUCUUUAGAAUGUUUAGCUUAAAGUGUUAAUUGUCCAGGUACUUUGAAUGGAUUCUGUUAAGAUAGCUCAAAUUUAUAAGCCUGUAGUAGUAUUACAACUUAAGCAGCAUGUGCAAAUAGUAUUGGAUAAGAAGGCUAUUGUAGAUAUUAAAAUUAAGCUUGUAAUGUGAUAACUAAUUGUUCUUAGAUUAAAUCUUAUAAUUAUUGUAUUGGAUUCUAACAUUUCUGUUUUUGGAAUUUGGAAUUUAAUUAAUGUGCUAGUAUUACUUGUUCUAAUAUAUCAGAUAAAGAGAAUUGUACUUACAUUUUUUAAAGCAUGAAUAGUUCUUCUAUAUCUAUGUGUGAAUGGAAUUAAGAAAUAUCUAUAUGUCAAAAUGCCUCUUUAACUAAUUUGAAUAAUAAAGACCCUGAAACUUGUUAUUUUGAAACUGGAGGUACCUAUCAUUGGUCUAAUAAUCAAAAAAAAGGAUAUUGUAUUUCAUGUUCUUUAGACCUCAUUUAAUUACCUCAUACUUGUUCAUGCGAUUAAUUAACUAAUGUUGAAUGUUUGGCUGCAAAACCUAAAUGUAAAUUGAGUGAUUCAGGUAGUUGUAUAAAGAAUCAAUGCAAAGACAUUUUUGAUUAAAAUAAUUGCUCUACUUUACCAUCAUGUAUGUGGUCUAAUUAAGGAUGUACAGAAUUCACAUCUUGUACUAAUCUUUAAGGAACCACUACUUUUGAUUGCUUAGCUUAAUCUAUUAAUUGUCCAGGAAUAAUAAACCAAACAUGUUAAUCUAAAUCCUCAUUAAGUUCUUGUAGUUCUAAUUAAACACCAAAUCAAUGUACUAUAGGAACUGCAUCUCCAGAUGGAUUUUGUUACUGGGAUAACAAUACUGGCUGUUAAUAGUUAAUAAAUUGUGAUUCAAUAUCUCAACUAACACAAUGUAAUGCACUUUAUAGGAUAUGUACAUGGAGUUCUUAUUUUAAUAAAUGUGUGCCUUUUAAAUGUUAAGACUAUAAGAAUUAAGAUUAAUGCACUUAUGUGAUUGUAAAUUUCAAAGAUUCCUAUGUAGAAUUAUGUUAAUGGUAGAAUAAAGUUUGUCAAUAAUUUACUGAUAAAUACUAUAGAUUUGAUGAAUAAACUUGUUAUUAAAAUUCUGGACAUACUUAUAGAUGGGUUUAAGAUGAGGAUCAUGGAUCUAAAUGUUAAGAAUGUUAUUCAUCAUUAUUGAUAGCAUUUACAAUUGCCUUAUAUUUAAUUGGCUUUUGAG